UGUAGAGUCUUAGAAUCUUAGAGUAGAAAUGGCUCCCUUCCUGGAGCGGAGCUCUUUGAGGUCUUCCUGGAAAAUGGAGAUGUAGGAUGGUCUGCAGUUUUACGUGAACACCAUGAAGGGCUGAUUUAAAGGAACAGAAAACUCUUGGGGGCAGUAAUGGUCAGUCCCUUGGGGAGGUACUUGGGCACUUUGAGCCACAAACCACAACUGCAGGUUCCUGCUCUUUAGCAACAUGAGAAGCUCCCCGGGACUUGGGAAAGGCACCUCUGCGGAGUUGGAGGCAGGGGAUGACUUGUUGAGGACUGGAGAUUAAGGCCAUACACAGGUGGCCGCUGGUUCUCUCGUCCUUCUCUCAAAUGCUCCAAAGGCAGUUUACCCUUCCCUGCUCCACUUGGAAGCACAAACCAGCACUCCUCAAGAGUCCUGAAAUGGGAAAAUGUGGCCGCAUAUUCAUGGAGCCCACUCUCCUGACCCCAAGGGCUUGAUGAAUCUGGGUCUGGGGCUCAGGAGUGUGUGGAGGAGAAUUCACGGGCAGCUAGGGAGGAUCAAGGGGGACAGCGUCUGGAGCAAGUGCCCACAUCUCCAGGAGAACCCUGCCGGUGGCACUGCUGAGAGACAAGGUCCCAGGGUGGUUCCUGAAAGUGCCUGAGCCCCAACUUAUGAGCAAGGAGCUUGUCAUGCUGACAAAAGUCAUGGAGCUCUGGCACGGCUUAGUGAUCGCGGCGGUGUCCUUCUUCCUGCAGGCCUGCCUCCUGGUCGCCUUCAACUACCUGCUCAGCAGGCACAUGGCCCACCAGAGUGAACAGAUACUGAAAGCGACCAGGCUCCCGGUCCCCAGGCCCAGCCCUGUCCACCAUCAUCUACCUGCUGCCAAAGAGAUGGAGACUCAGACAGAGAUAGAUGCCCUAAUGUCUGAUCCCUGUUACCGGCAUGACAGCGACACAUCCUCAGAUCGCUCAGAUGGUUCCUGCAGUUCGCCUCCUGUCUGCCAGGCCACCAACCAUGUGGAUUACACACAAAUCAUCUUUUCGGCUCCUGGAGAACUAAAAGAUGACUCUGCCCUGGACUAUGAGAACAUAAAGGAAGUCACAGAUUAUGUCAAUGUCAAUCCAAAAAGCCACAAGCCCAAUUUCUGGAAUUUUGUCAACCCUGCUCUGUCUGAGCCAGUGGAAUACAGUCAAGUGGCCUUGUGAAUUCCGGAUGUUUUUAAUGGGGUUCAGUUCUCUAUGGAGUCUUACAUUUGAUUUGUAGAGGAAUGCCAUUUUCCCCCCUUAAACAAAGCAUGGGGCUCCCAAGGCUAUGGAGACAGGCCAAAAAGAAUGUGGAGAAGAAAACUGACAAUACACAGAAGUCCUCAGCACCCAUGGACUCCCGGUCUGUACUCAAUAAAGGUUGUUCAUUCUUCAAAAACCCAAAACAAGGCUUGGGUGGGAAAACAGGCCUAUGCCCCGGCAAGAAAGAUUCAGAUCAGAUGGAUGUUAGGAGGAACUUUCAGUUAAAAUAUGAGAACUGUGGAGUCUAUCUGCAGAGACAGUGGUGAAGUCUCUCCCCAAGGAAAAUUUUAAAAAGUUUAAUCAGCUGUGGUUGAGUUCUAUUUGGCAAACUCAUGGUUAAAUGACUUAUCUUUGAGCUCUUUAAUUAUUGGCAAUAAACAACUUCUUUAAAAGUUUAAAUAAAAUAGCAACUACCACCAGUUCCUCUUU